UCUGGGGGGAGGGGGGAAGGUUCCCUGCGCUCGUCCCCCUCCGCCCAUAGUCAAGUUCGAUGCGUGUCCCCAGACCGCAGCGCCGCUGAGCAGCCCCGCUUCCCGCGCCCCGGCGUUGGCGGAGGAAGCCUCUUUCGGAAGGAGGGCGAUGGAGAUCAACUGUUUAACACUGCAAGACCUAAUCAGCCCCAGGCAGCCCAGGCUAGAAUUUGUGAUUGAAGAUGGGGAAAAUGCACAAAAGGAAAAUAUAUUUGUUGAUCGAUCAAGGAUGACUCCAAAGACACCAAUGAAAAAUGAGCCAAUUGAUUUAUCGAAGCAAAAAACCUACACACCUGAAAGAAAUCCAAUUACACCAGUUAAGCUUGCCGACAGACCUCAGUCAGAACCCUGGACCCCUACAGCUAAUCUGAAGAUGCUCAUUAGUGCUGCUAGUCCUGACAUGAGAGACAGAGAAAAGAAGAAGGAGCUGUUCAGACCAAUUGAAAACAAGAAUGAUGCAUUCUCAGACUCACUGCAGCUUGAUGCUGUUGGAGAUGGCCCUGUAGAUGAAUUUGAAAAGCAGCGGCCAAGUAGGAAGCAGAAGAGCUUAGGACUCCUGUGCCAAAAGUUUCUGGCUCGCUAUCCAAGUUACCCCUUGUCCACUGAGAAAACAACAAUAUCCCUGGAUGAAGUAGCAGCCAGUCUGGGGGUGGAACGGAGGCGUAUCUAUGACAUUGUGAAUGUUUUGGAGUCCCUGCAUAUGGUUAGUCGAGUAGCCAAAAAUCAGUAUGGCUGGCAUGGACGGCAUGGCCUCCAGAAAACCUUGAAGAACCUCCAGAGACUAGGAGAGGAACAGAAAUAUGAAGAACAGAUGGCUUAUUUUCACCAAAAGGAACUUGACCUCAUGGAGUAUAAAUUUGGAGAGCGUAAAAAGGAGGGUUUCCUAGAGCAAGACCAACAGUUAUUGGAUUUCUCUGAGUCAGAUUGUAUCUCUGCAUCUGCAAACAGCAGGAAAGACAAAUCUUUGCGAAUUAUGAGCCAGAAGUUUGUCAUGCUGUUCCUUGUCUCCAAGACUAAGAUAGUCACCUUAGAUGUCGCUGCCAAGAUACUGAUAGAAGAAAGCCAGGAUGUGGCUGACCAUAGCAAGUUUAAAACAAAGGUACGGAGGCUGUAUGAUAUUGCCAAUGUUCUGACAAGCCUGGUGCUAAUUAAGAAAGUCCAUGUGACAGAAGAGCGAGGUCGCAAGCCAGCAUUCAAGUGGAUUGGUCCUGUAGAUUUCAGCACAGAAAAUGGUGAACAACUAGUAGAUGUUUCAACAUCUGCUCUACCAGAAUUGAAAACAGAACCACUCUCCCCUUUUCAGCCCUGUGAGAAGCAGAGACUUGCCCAUCAUAGCUCUUUCAAUGUGAUUCCCUCUUCAGAUGGGAUCAAAAGGAAAGUGAGCUCAGAACCUAACAGCCUUCACCGAGGAGAACAAGGUUCAGAUGAAUAUUGCCCAAAAAUAGUCAGCCUGACAGCUACUUGCAGGGAGAAGAUAGAUGAAGAUUCACAGAAUCAGGGAUGUAUCAGUAAAAAGAUGAUACACUCAUCAGAGAAGCUUGACCCUGUUCCACCUUUCCCAGUUCAUCCUCAGGACUCAGAGUAUUGCUUUCACCCAUUAUCCCACCAAGUAUUUUCUGUUACCCCAGCAGACCUGACAUCAAUUCAUCUGCAGAAUGGUCUUGAUGGACACAUGACAUUCACACCCACUCCCACAACCUCCAAAACAGAGAGCUUGAAGCCCACUGUGCUUCCCAAUCAACCUUUGAUCUAUGUUCCCUCUGCUUCUUUCUUUAUGCUAUAUGGAAACUUCCAGGAAGGCCACUCCAAACCUGAAAAGGGCCAUGAAAUGCUUGAAGUGGCACAAGCCGCCUCCUGCUCCACAGAACUGUCAGCUCUGCCCCUUGCAAGCUCUUAUAAGCGCAGGCCUCAGGCAACUCACGAGCCAGUUGCCAAGAGACAGAGCUUGGAGAUUGAGGAUGGCCCACUCUCCUUGGUCUUGCCCAAGAAAUUUACAGACCCCAGUGAUGUUGCCUCUCCCAGGAAUAUUGGCAAUAUAGAUACCAUGCCCUUUGAAGCUUUUCAGAGAUUCUCAGAAAUGCCCCUUGCUGAGGAUUCAGCAAGAAAAACUACAAUCCAGUGCCUAGUUACCCCUGAGAAGAGGAAACCUUUGAGAAAUGCAGAUAUUGAAAAACCCUCAAAAGAAAGAGAAAAUCUCUCUGAAGAAAACACCAAGCCACAGUAUCUUUAUGUGCAGUCUGCACCUGGAUUAAAUGGUUUUAAUUUCCUGCUGCCUGACCACCAGGCUGCCAAUGCUGCUGGACCAUCUCCAAGUCAGUUGACUUCUCUCCAUGUUCCAUGCAUGAUUGUGCCAUCUACAGCACUGGCCACAAUGCCUUUUUUUUAUUCUCCGGCAAUCAACAGUCCAGUGCCUUCUCCUGGCCCAGUGAAUUUUGGCUUGCCCGGUCUCAGAUCAUCAACUCAGCUUCUCAUUGACACCAACAUUCUUAGUCCAAAGACAUCAAAAGCCCUUUCCACGGACCCACAACACCCAGGCCAGUCUCCAGUUCACCUCAGCUCUGGGGUGUCCAGGUCCCGUAAUACAAUCACACCAGAUUCCCCUGUUUGCAUGGGUCACCCAGUAACAAUUAUGAAAUUACCUCAGUCACCAGGCCCAGUGACACCCAAGAGCAUCCGGUCACCAUAUUGUGAGACCUUCUUCAAAACUCCUGGCAGCCUUGAAGAACCUAUGACUUGGAGAAAAAUUGAAGGGAGUCAAAGAAAUUUAAGCUCUGCACAGAGGAGACUGCAGAUAUCCAGUGCCAGCACUGAUUAACUAUAGCUUGGCCAAGUGGAAUAGGGAAAUCCACCAGGGAUUUUAACACUUGUUACAAGGGGCAUGCUAGUCCCUAAUAGGCUGUUUAUACUACAAAGCUAAAGAGUCUCAUUUCCCAUUCUCUUCCACUAGUCCUGCUAACUCUCUUUCCUUUCAAGUCAUUCACAUUCCUGAAAGUAACUCUAUUAGUUGCUCAUUUGAGAGCCAACAUUAUGCAACAAUGAAAGCAUUGACUCAUAGUUGUGGUUUCAACAUCAUCUUGCUCUCAAGUUGAUUGAAGAAACUAUCAGAGUUUUUGUGGUUUGGGAACAGGCGAGCUCUCUAGCACUUAAAUAGGGUAAUCAUUCCUUACUUUACAUAGACUCGACUUACCUGAGUAAAUCUGUGGUAAAACCAAUUACUUUUCUUCAAUUAAAAAUGCAAUUGCUCUCUGAAUCUCUGUCAGCAAAGACAGCAUCAUCUACACAUUUUAUUUUCUUAUUUAUUUUGUUCCUGAAAUGGAACUUAGUGGGAAGAAGAAAAAAAGUUUACAACUACAGAAAAACAGAUUUUUCUCAGGGCAUGACUACUUGAAUGUUAAUAUUAGUUCCUCUGUAAUUUGCCUUGUACUUAAAAAUCUUAAUCACCUAUACAUGAAUGUACACAUAUGGGGGAAAAAUGUUAAGACCAGAAUUAACUGUGAAGAACAACAUAUUAUGGUAUAUGUAGUAUAAGUGAAUUGUACUAACAUUAUUUAUGCAGAUAAGAAAUGAUAUGAAUGAUAGAAGGGCAAUAGUUAGUGCCCAUGUAUCAAAGUGGAAAAUUGGGUUUUGGUGCUAUUUUUUUAAAUCCCAUACAUCCAGUUUCCUUCCCUCCUGCCAAUCCUAUCCCACCCACAUCCAUAACCACCACCAUAUUCUUUUUUCACAAUGUGAAAUUUAGGGAAAUUAUUGGAGAAAUUCUUUCUAGCACUUUCUUUUGGGUCAAAUGAAAAAAGACAAGAGAUUGUCCUUCUAGAGUAGGUCUUAGGGGAGGAAACUUGGGAUAUUUUGCCAGGUAUCUGAAUUAGGAAAUUCAGGAAAAAAUCUUAAGUCAUCUAAGAUGGAUAAAUUUGUAUAGGAAAAACCAGCACUUUUUUUUGACUCAUUUUUUCAUUCUUGUAAGGGAUAAAGAAAAAAUAGAUACAUUGUAAAUUAAGCAUCUAAGUGUACUCAAAGAAGUAUUUUGAUACUCUGAAGAAAUGAAUGGUUAGUUUACAGGUAUUAAAUAGAUUGUGAAAACAGUAGCCAGAGUGCCUUUCUACUGUAUCCCUGGGAUCAAUUUCAUGCCUUUGGAUUGAAACAAGUACAAAGAUACCCAAAAUGGUGCUGCUUACUCCUAAAUGUGCUGGUAUUUAUCUCAUUUCCUCUUUAGAAUAGGUUUAUCCUUUUUUCCUCUGUUGUUUUACAUUUAGAGUUCUCUAAUCUAGUCCCAAUAAAAUGUCAUAAAAAAAAAAAUAGUAACUUAUGUGACUCUGGGAGUCUGAUUAGCUUUUUAUUAACCAAUCCAAUUCAAUAAACAUUUAUUAAGCUCCUGCCCUGUGCCAGGCACUAUGCUUAGGUGCUGGAGAUAUAGUGAAAAAAAUCAAAUAGUCUUUCUCCUCAAAAACUUAUAUUCUGUUGAAUGAAACAGAAAAGUAACAAUCUUAAAAAGCCUUUGAGGUAGGUGACUAAAAAUGCCAGUUUUUUUUUUUAAUUUAAAGUUUUAUAGACACUACACUUAAAAGUUUACAUGAUUUUUUAAAUUCCUUCUGAAUAUUUCUUAAAAGUUAAAUAAAUUGAAAGCAACGAUUUUGUUGCUUUUUGAAAAAAGAAAUGAAUUAUUAGAGGCCAAUAGUUAGUGCUCAAGUGAUUGAGAGAACAAUGUGGCUUAGUGGCCACAGGGCCAACUUUGGAUCCAGGGUGUGUGACACCUGGGCAAGUCACUUCAUUUUUCCAUGCUCUAGACAACACUAAAAUGACAAGGUAUAGAGGUGUCAACUCACUUUGGGAAUUUUCUCCUCUGGGAGCUCCCUCUCACUGAAAUCACAGGUUCAAUCCCCAUCCUAUCAAUGAUUGAGCAGAGAGAUGAACCUGAGCUAAUAGAGAUAAUGAUUGGAAGAUAAUGUGAUAUACAGGUUAUAAAUCUGUACAGAAUACAAGUUUGUUUUUAUUAUAGGCCAAAUAUAAAAUUUUCUCCCUUACAUUUUCACUGAAAUGGCCUAUUAGAUGCCUUAGAUUAAAACUUUCCUUCUCUCUAUUCUCCCCAAUCUUCUCACUCUACUUAAAAAUUCACCACUUUAUGUCUCUUCCUUAUUCUUUCCCUAACUCACAUUUUAUUCUUUCCUGCAUGGUAUGCCUCUAAUCACAAGGUAUACAACAUUGAAGAAGGAUGCCUGGACUUUGGGGGAUCCUAAGAAUCUUCUAUAUUGCAAGCCUGUCACUUCUGCAGGACUGGUGAUGGGAUAGCUAUAUUUGGAAAACUAAGACUAGAACGUGUUCCUAAAGUGUCCAACAUCCCCUUCUAAAUGUGUGGCCUUGAUAAAAGAGACCAUGAAGGUGGUUAUUUUGUGGGGACAAUACUUUUUGGUACUUGAGUUGUUGGACUAUUUGGGGGAGAUUUUUCUUAGUAGUGAAAAAGCAAUGGCAAUCUAGACUCAUAAGUGUAUAAUGUAAAAGGGGAAAAAAUGGCAGCAAUGCUGCUAGGACAAUGCAGUCUUUGUAUUUGCACUGAGGAAGGUGCACAGAUGGUCCAGGGUUUGUGAAACCCUUCCAUUCUGGUACAAAUGUUGGGGAUAUAACUUAAAUACUUGAAUCUAGCGACCAAGUUUACAUUUCUCAACUUCUUUUUUUAAAAGGUGCUAUUUCUAUAUUUAAAAGAGCUGUAUUUUUUUCCUCCAUGUAAAGCUGCUUGCUGUUUAUAUUAUUGCACUACUAGUUUUUUUGUAGUUAUUAAUAUUAUUGCUGCUUCUAGCUUUCUUCAUAUAAUUUCUCCCUUUCCUUCUCUUUUGUUAUGUUCUCUAUAACUUUGCAUAUAAUUUUAUUUACAACAAGCACACUGAUUUUUAAAAAAUUCUUCUAGAAAAACAUUCAACUUUGUGAAAUAGUAAUUAAAAAGUUUGAAAUAAA